AUGAACGACAGGCUUCAUAUCUGCUGGGCAACAAUAUUUCUCGGAUGGAAGCUCGUCAAGUGCAGGAGCAAAGUGUUUGUCAGUGUUCCAAUUGUAUUAAUUCCUGUUGCUCGGACUCGUCACUCGAGAGUUCCUACGAAGGACCCAGAGGGGUUAUAUGGGCCACCACAAACUGGCCACUUAGCUCGACGGGAGAUUAAAAGAAGGCUCGAGAAAGACGCAGAGUUUCGCGAGGCACUUGAGCAGCAAGCCAUUGAAGAAAAACAGCGUCGUCAUGCUCUUCGCCAAUCUCGGGUGAUACCGGAUACUCCAGAAAAGCUGAUAGACUACUUUCUUGAUACUGAAGCUCAAGAGGUUGAGUUUGAGAUUGCUAGGCUGAGGCCAAGAUUGAACCAGAAAUUUUUCUCGCAGCUACAAUUUGAACUGGGGCAGCUUCGUUUUGCUGUUUCAAAAACUGAGGAGAUGGAAGACAGAUUGAUUGAGUUGGAAGCACUACAGAAAGCUCUGCAGGAAGGAACAGAAGCCUACGAUAAAAUGCAAGGUGAACUUGUAAAGGCAAAGAAAAGCCUGACAAAAAUCUUGACAUCAACGGAUAUAAAAGCCACUUUGUUGGAAAUGGUUGAGCAGAAUGAACUUAACAGAUCAUUGUUAACACUUCUUGAUGAAAACAUAGCAAGCGCCAACCAAGGUAAACAGAAAGAAGCAGCAGCUUUCAUGGAAAAACUACGUGCAGCCGUUCUCAAGUACAUGACAGUUUAG